AUGGCUACGAUGAACACUGUAGCUGAUGCAGUGCGUGAGGCUGCAAUGGCUGCUGCUAGGGCUGUUGAGCGUCUUGGAGUGAGAAAUGGAAAUGAAAACGAAAAUGGAGAGGAUAAUGGGAACAAUGAGGUUGAUCCAGCGCAUCCUGAUAAACCCACGACCCUUGCUACUUUUCUGAAAGUGAAUCCACCUAAGUUCAAAGGUACACUCGUUGCGACUGAUGCCGACAACUGGUUCCGAGGUAUUGAGCGAUCACUGCGAGCACAACAUGUUCUGGAAGGCCAACAUGUAGAGUUUGCUACCUAUAUGCUCGAAGGAGAGGCUGAGUAUUGGUGGCAGGGGAUACAGGAUGAAUUCUAUAAGAAGUAUUUUCCGAGAGCGGCACGUGACGCUAAGGAGAUAGAGCUUAUGCAACUAAAGCAAGAGGAUAUGACUAUUGCUGAGUACGCCCGUAAGUUCGAUGACUUGUGCCGUUUCUCCAAGAUUUGUCAAGGGAACCCGGCCGACUUUGAGGAAUGGAAGUGUCUGAAGUUUGAAGGAGGACUCCGAGAAGAACUGAUGAAUUCUGUUGUUCCGCUAGAGAUACGAAAUUUUGCUGAACUGGUGAAUAAAAGUAAACUAGUGGAAGAAUGUUCGAAGAAGGCGGCGAUAGCUCGAGCAGAUCGUAGGGAGUCCUCAUGA